AGCUUUUUGCUCUCGAGCGCUCGGGCGAUCAGGCCGCGGGAGGCCGAACACGGCCAGAAGCCAGCCGCUCCAGCUUCUCUUGGAGAGGCGGCGGAGGCAAAGCCGAGGCCACGGGACCGGGGCACGGCACAUGGCGCGGCUGUUGCCGCUGCUGGGGCUGCUGCGCGCGCCCGCGGCGGCGCCGGGCCGGCCCGCGCAGCGGCUGCGCAUCCGCAACGGCUGCGAGAGCGAGCCACUCUGGCUGGCCCGCAUGGCCGCCGUGGGUGACAGCGAGCCGCCGGGCCCGGUGCGCCUGGAGCCGGGCGAGGGCCGCCUGUUCGACACGCCGGCGGACCUGAAGG